AUUAAACACCAUAACCAAGAAAAGUAUGGAAAAUCAAAUUCACUCUGAACUAAUUGUAAAAGAAGAGGAAGAAGAAGAUGAUGAAGAAGAGAAAGAACAAAAAUGUGAUACUCCUACUAAUGAAACCAAAAGUAUUGUGCGUGAUGGAGAAUCAACAAUUGGUAUCAGACCAAGACCAUUAAUUUGUAAGCCAGAAAAUGUAAAUAUUGGGUGCAAGUCUGAACCUAUAGAAACUAAAUGGCAUUGGGCUCCAGGAGCAUGGCAAGAUGCUACAAGAACCAGUGCCUUCCAACCAUAUAAGCCUCCUACAUUACUUACUAAUUUACAAAGAGGUAAUACACAAACAGAAAUAUCUCAACUUUAUGGUGGUAGCGAUAUUACAUUCCAUACAUUAGCUGGCCAAGGUGAACUUACACCUGAACACAUACAUCCAAGUACUGUUGAUACACCUGAUGAAAAGGGUUUAACUGGUCUUAUGUGGGCUGCAAGAUAUGGACAAUUAGGCAGUGCAAGGCAAUUACUUAAAGCUGGUGCGAACAAAAACUAUCGUGGUCUCAAUGGAGAGACUCCUUUGCAUUUAGCAGCUGCUUAUGGACAUCAUGAUCUUGUAAAAUUGUUGUUAAACCAUGGUGCAGAUUCCAAUGCAAGCGAUGAGGAAGGAAAUACACCUUUGAUAUAUGGAGCAAAUGGAGAUCAUCCACAUGUAUGCUACGAAUUAUUAUCUAGAGGAGCGGAUAUAACGCGUCGUAAUAUGUAUAAUAUAAGUGCUUAUCAUGCAGCAGUAUUAAAUAAUUCACUAACUGCUAAAGCAGUAAUUGAAAAUUAUUUAAUACAACAAGUGGUAAACAUAUCACCAAAUAUAUUGCAAUAAAGUAAUGCAAUAUAAAUAACGUAAAUAUAACCUUAAAAUUUGUAUAGGUUUUAAAAAAUUGUACAAAUUACAUAGUGAUAUUUACACCCGAAUAUUUUAAUAAAUA